AUGAGAAAUUUCACGAUGCCGCUCGACGAUCGAAUAACUCCUGACAAUGUACGUCAGCAUUUUCAAGAUCGCGGCUUCUUCUUUCAAGAGAUAGAAGAUGUCGGGGCAAUCGUCAAAGAGGCGUAUGACUGCAAACGCAUAAAGAGUGUAGUCUUCCAACGCUUUAACGAUUCCCUCCAUUCCAACCCCUUACUAGCGAAGCUCCUAGAAGAUCACUGUGAGAACUCGAAAGUCACCUGGGCCUGGGGCAAAUGUUAUGGCUUUUAUGCCUGGGACAAUCUUUCCUCACCUCAAAAAGAUUCAAUAAUUCUCUACAUGCUCGCUCCUCAGUCGCACGCAUUCUGUGCCGUUGGCUCCCAUCGAGACAAGAAGGAGAUAAAAUCGGCGUAUGGGAAUGGCGCCCUUGAAUUGAAAGACGAGGUAUUAGCAUCGUACGAUAAAGAGGAUGUCAAAACAGAACUUGGUGGCGUUCUUUGCAUUUCCCCAUCGCUUGGACACAAGAUGUUGGACGGAUACUCCAAAAUGUUCACCAUGACAAGAAAAUAA